AUGUCCGGUGCUCCGGGGCUGAACUUCAACACCAAGUCAGAUCUCGUAGCAAAGAAUACUGCAGACGUUGCUCAAGAGGCAGGGUGCAUCCGCGACGGUGAUAGCCAAUCUGCAGAGACUUUGAAGUUCCUGAAGGAAGCUCCGUUUGAGCUACUCACUAACCUGUCGAUCACUGCUGCUCGUGCCGCCCGCCCACCUUUCGGCGGGGGAUUCUUCUUUCCUAUAUUUGAUGGUGAUCUCAUCGAAGAUGCGCCAUCGGAGCAGUUACGUGCCGGGAAAAUUGCCCAAGGCAUACCGAUCCUAGCUGAAUGGUCCACAAACGACGGAGGCUGGUAUGCCUCUCCUACGACAUCGACAGACCAAGAUGCGUUAUCCAGCUUUGGACUUUGGCUGUCAGGCCUGUCUGACAUUACGAAUUCCAAGCUGCUUGAUCUGUACCCGGAAGGUGAUUUCGCCUUCAUGGUGGAUAUAUGGUUCACGUGUCCCGUCGUCGACUUCGCCCGGCAGUAUCUGAAGCACGGCGGCGUGCGAGCAUCACAGGUGCACGUAGCGGCACACAACUCAAGCCGUUUCACGCCCAUAUAUGCAGCCAUGGGCGUGCCACAGUGGCGCGUCGCUCACCUGAGCGACAUUCCAUACGUACUGGACAGCCAGAGCGUAGCAGCCGGCGGUGAUAACUCGGCGCCGCAACUCGACCUUUCUCGGGGCAUCAGUCGAAGCAUCGCGAGCUUCGUGACCAGUGGGAUCCCGGAUGGCAUGCCCGGGCUUGAAACGUGGCCUCCGGCCUUUGACGGUGCAUCAGCGUGGGAGCUGGAGCAGGGACGCCCGAGCAGGCUCACGCUCGAGGUGAAGGGCGGCCCAUUUGGGAAUACUGUUGCCACAAUCGGCAAUACAACAAAUGCUGCCAGCGAGACAGGCGCUCAAGCGGCUCUGAACCGGGAGCGGCUGUAUGGGAGGUGCUCUUUCAUUAACAGCAAAAGUUUCAGAGAAGAAGCUGGGGUAUAA